AUGACUCCUGUGAACCAGAUCCAAAAAACAAUUUCUGAUAACUGUGUAGUGAUUUUUUCCAAAACAUCAUGCUCAUACUGCGCUACAGCAAAACAGAUUUUCCAUGACAUGAACGUCAAUUAUAAAGUUGUGGAAUUGGACAAGCUUGACUAUGGAAGCCAGUUUCAAGAUGCUCUUUACAAACUUACUGGCGGAAGAACCCUCCCAAGAAUAUUUGUCAAUGGAGCUUUUAUUGGAGGUGCAGCUGAUACUCACAUACUCCAUAAAGAAGGGAAAUUACUGCCACUAGUUCAUCAGUGUUAUUUAAAAAAAAAAAGUAAGAGGAAAGAGUGUCGAUACAGGCGCUCACCAUGA